CAAGGUUGGGUUACUGGCUAUAUAUAGAGACGUGGCAUGGUAGAAGGAGACCUCACUCGAUCGAUAAGCAUUGUCGCGACUCGGGAAUUCCUGUGCUUGUGUAACGCCAAAAAAUUCCAGAGGAUCUCCCGGAAACGUAUAACACAAUGAGAUAUACAAGUCUACGUUUGCUGUCGGACGUGAAGGCAUUCACUGUCUAUUGCUGUAGAUGUACGGUAACCACGACAACACAACCUGCUGAGGCCGUCCAGUCGACAGGCGGGAAAACUUUAACGGACAUUCCUGGCCCCGGUGGGAUCUACAGUCUCCCUUUCGUUGGGUUCCGGCUACAUUUCAAACCUUUCGGUAAAUAUGACAUGCGCCUAAUUAGCACGAAGUUAGAGGCAUGGAAGAACGACUAUGGUCCGAUUGUUCGAGUAAGACUUGGGAAGAGGUGGAGCUUGUAUCUGUUUGAUCCGGAUGAUAUAGAGAAGGUGUUCAGGGGUGACCAGAAAUACCCAGAGCGUAUUGCACUACCUCUCAUGUCAAUAUAUGAAAAACGACAAAAUUUACCAUCGACCCUUGCCAAUACAAAUGGGAAAGAAUGGCAUGCCAUGAGGGGUCCAACUCAGAAAAUCAUGCUUCGUCCCAAAGCAGUGACAAAAUAUGCACCAAAGCUGAGUAUAAUAGCAGACGACUUCGUCGAUUCACUGAAAACCAGCGGUCGUCUUGAUAACCUACCAUUCAAACUGAUGGAGUAUUCCGCUGAAGGUGUUGGGAUGUUGUGCUUUAACACACGUCUUGGUUGUAUCACAUCUGACAACACUGCCACACCUCUGAUGACCUACACUAAGGACUUUCUCGAUCGCCUUGGUAGCCAUUUCUACAGAAUGAUUCCUUCGUACAUGCUGUUUCGAACUAAAUUCUAUGUUGGGUUUGAAGAAGCUGCCAAUUUCCUAUACAGUACGGUAGAGGAGCAUAUAAACAAAGCACUAAAGGACCUCAAACACGCCUCAGACAAUGGUAUAGAACACGAGAGCAACCUUCUGUUUGAUCUCCUCUCCACUUCAGGGCUCACUCCAGCACAAGUUCAUCGUACGAUUACAGACGUUUUCAUCGGCGGAAUAGAUUCUACGGCCAGCAGCAUGACCUUCCUACUGUUCUACCUAGCCAAGUAUCCAGACAAACAGGAACGUCUGUUCAAAGACCUUCAGGAACAUGUGCCAAAGAAAGGGCAAAUUCAAGAGGAAACCAUCAACAAUCUGCCCUACCUCAAGGCCUGUCUCAAGGAAUCUUUCCGACUGGUGUUUCCCAUUGCCGGAGGUACUGUACGGAUCAUGGACAAGGACAUCACAUUAAAGGGAUAUAAUAUCCCCAAGGGGACCCCAAUGCAGCUGUGUAGUGGGACGAUAGGGAGAGAUGAACAGUACUUCCCCCAGCAGGACCAGUUUAUCCCCGAGCGGUGGAUGCGUGGAGACAGCAGGACGGAUGUGAACCCCUUUGCUCACCUCCCUUUUGGAUUCGGACCACGGAAGUGUAUCGGCCAGAGAUUUGCCGAGCAGGAAAUUUUCAUCUGUGCAGCUAAGCUGCUCCGGAACUACCGUGUGGUGCUGCCCCCUGGCGUUACAGAUAUCCCUUAUUUCUACUGCAUAUUUGCCACCCCGAGGGAGCCUGCAAGCUUUAUACUGGAAGAACGAGAGGAUUAAUCAACUACAACGAAUUAUAUACGGUUAUAAUGAUACAGCACUCUGUAUGCUAAUAUACAUGCAUGUGUUAUAGGCUUUUAAUAAACAGGCACUAUUUUGGGCAUACAUUGCGAUCCUGCAUUUCUUAUACAAUCAGGGGGCCAAGAUAGCCAAGAUCGUCGGGUAAUGUAAUCACAAGCGAAUAUUCCUACAUGUAGGUGUGUGGUUCGAACCCUACCCAGGGCGAUUGGUGUCUUUCAGAAAGCUGAGGUGACAUAUGUCUGUCGCGUUUUUGACCGAAUACAUCACCCCUCUCACUCUGAACAUUUCUUGAAUGUCAUGCGUUAAUGAUCAGCGUGGUUUAUGUUUGCAAUAUUAAUGGUGCUCAGCUGAAACCAAUUCUAAGGGACAUUUUUUAUCCGUAACUACAUUUGUGUAGUUUGCGCUGUCUGUCCCUAUCUGUAUGUUUCAUAAUGUUGAAUGCGUCUUGACAACGAGGCCAAUCGCCUUGAAAAUUGGACAUAUUACAUAGUCAUAGCAUUACUACUAUUUCAAUACUGAUAUACUUAUGAUUUAACUGAAUUUAGUCUAAACUUAAUUUUACUUUGAAUAUGAGUUUUUUUAAUAAUGGCACCUCGUUUAAGACGGUUCAGCAAAACGAAAACACCGCCAGUUAUGUAUCUGUGUCAGUAACAUGCAACUACUUAAACUAGGUCAAUAAUUUGAUAAAGUCUCGUGACAUCAAACGUAAGAUAUAUUUAUUUUAAUGAUAUUCAUAAAUAAGAAGCAUUUAAGCGAAAAUCCUGGAAACGAAUCCAGACGGCAUAUAUGUACGUGCGUAGUUACCUCGCGAUGUGUUCCUCACUGAGAACAGGCGCGACUGAAAAAUUGAACAUUAUUUUCCAAACAGACAACAGACUGCUUAUCAAAAGAAUCUGCGUAGUUUAUGCACAUCAUUUAGUCUUCAAGAAUGUAUUAGUCAUAAUAUUGAAUACGGUUCCAAAGUACAUGUUGCUUUUUUAGUCGGUAGCAAAGCGGUUUACACUGUGUGGCGCGCUUGAUUAUUGUAUAAAAUAUAUGAAUUGGGACUAAACGCCAAGACGUGGAUUUUACUAAAAUGUAUGUACACAAAUGUUGAAAGUUGUGUUUUAUUUAGUGGAUUACAUUCCUCCAUUCUUAAAAUGGAACGCACAGUAUUACAAGGAGGAGCGUUGUCUACCAAGAUGUAUUUAGUAUAUAUUGUUGAUUUAUUAAAUGAAGUAAAAAGUUCUGGCUUAGGUGCAGCAAUUGAUUUGAAUGUUAUUUUUCCUACACAGACAGACUGCAUUUGUCUGGUGAGUACGGAUAUUAAAAGUCUUCAGAAAAUGAUAUCAGUAUGUGAGAACUAUAGCAAAAAAUGGCAGUUUUUAUUCUCUGCUGUAAAAAGCAAAAUUGUAACUUUCAGAAAUUCAAAUAGUAGAAAUUGUACUCUUUAUAAUGAGCUUCAUCUCUACAAUUGCAUAAUGCCACAGACUGACAGCAUUACACAUGUUGGUAUUGGCUCUUUCGAGAGAACAGCAUUAGCAUGUAAUAAGUUACGAUCGGGUACAAUGUCGCUUGUCCGUUCUGGUGCACACCCUUGUGUCUUCAAUCCUCCAACAGUAGCGAAGCUUGUUAAAAUUAAAUCCAUCCAUCCGCCUUAUACGGGUGUGAGCUUUGGCAAUUGACAAAAAACGAAAUACUAAUACAUGUGUACAUCGUUACUCGGCUGGACCUCUAUCAAAGUAUGUAUCGACAUAAGGAAAUUAUUAUUCUUAGGUAGAUUGUGUAGAAUGAAUCCAAUGAUUCUUGUUUAUAAGUUUUUUAUUAACAGACUUCUUUUGUUUAGACUAGGUAGACCAUGAGAGGAAAAAUACAUUGCUGUGAUAAAAUAUAAGGAACACAAUCGUAAUGAAGGUAUGAAAGUUGAUAAUAAUUUUACGAGGUUUCGAAAAAUACAAAAUUAACUAGAACCUAAUGUUUUAUGGAAGUAAGCGCUACGAUAUCCUCAAUACAGAGAAUAUGUACAAUAUAUAAUGAAAAUAAUUGCUACCAUUCAUAGCUUGACUACAAUGGAAUUAUUUCAUAAAUGUGGAUUUUUGUUCUGAAGACCCAAUGACACAUCUGGUGCUACAAUGUAAUUAUACGCCCGAGUUGAGGGACCAGCUCUGGUGCUGUAUAUACUGUUUAGUGUCUACACUCUCUUCCAGAUUCUGAGAUAAUAAAUUUAUUGAUUGGAGGAAAUAUAACCUACGAAAUUAGUGAAGACGAGAUAAAUGAGUUCAGAACAAAAUCAGUCUAUACUUUACCUGAAGUAUACAAUAGUUUUGUUUGAAAAUUACUUAUAUAAAGUAUAAUUGUGUAUAAUCUGUGCGCACGUAGUAAAGCAUACCAAUAUAACAUGAGCUAUACCAGUAUCAACUAUACUGGAGAUUCAAUGUAUAUAAGUAAACGAGUGUGGGAAGGUAGCACAUCGCAAGAGGAAAUAUCUACCACCUUUGUAUGACCCAGACUCACAAAUGUAUUCUCCGCAUGUACGGUCUGUAUAUUAGAAUAUAUAAUAUUACAUAUAGACACCUUUACUGAAUGUUUUUACAAAUGCAUCGAUACAUUGACUGUCUAUAUAGUUAUGAAUUAGUAGUAUGUAUCAGGCAUCAAUGUGUUAUAAUUAAGUGUAAAUCUUUGAUGCUUGCUCUAAUAUUCUGAUACUUUUGAUCUUACAUUUCAUAAGCUAAUUCAUACAUAUAAAGUGUAUAUAUGUAAUAUUUAUUAUGUUAUUAUACUGGAUGCUUUGAAUAUAUUCUUUUGUACUCUUCAUUUUUGGAGGCAAUAAAGAGAAUACUAUUUGCCACAGGAAGUUCCCUAUCCCAUGUUCCAUAGAUUUGUAACUAUGCACGACAUAUAGAAUGCAUACGUAAGGACCGCGUGUUAAGUUCCUAGGAUGUAGACAGCAGACAUGUAAAAUAUAUAAGGUAUGCCUGUCUGCACGUUACACAGUGAAUGGAGAUAGCAUGUCCAUAAUGAAAUAAGAUACCUAUUUAUUUUUGAUCAGGUGUCAUAUACGACAAUUGGUUUGUUAAUGUUCAGCACGUCAUCAGGUGUCCAAACAGCAACGAUCCUCGGUAGUCCUCCUGCUGCCAUAACAGAUAUAUUUGAAAA